AACGAGUUUCUGAGUUCAAGUCUGAGUCACCAAUGGCUAUCGAGGCAUGGUUCAUGGAUGAAAACAAUGAGGACAAGAGGCUUCAUCAUAAACGCAAUCCCAACGAGCCCGUUUCUUUGGAGCACUUAGCAGAGUUGGGGGUGUUAUAUUGGCACUUGAACCCUGAAAAUUAUGAGAACGAUGAGGAAUUGCAGAAAAUUAGAGAAGACAGGGGUUACAGCUACAUGGAUUUACUCGAUCUAUGCCCGGAGAAAGUUGCUAACUAUGAGGAAAAGCUGAAGAACUUUUACACGGAACAUAUACAUGCUGAUGAAGAGAUCCGCUACUGCUUGGAAGGUUGUGGUUAUUUUGAUGUUCGAGACAAGGAUGAUCACUGGAUUCGAAUCUGGAUCAAAGCAGGAGAUCUCAUUGUUCUUCCUGCUGGAAUCUACCACCGGUUCACUCUUGACACCAGCAACUAUGUUAAGCUGAUGAGGUUGUUUGUGGGAGAGCCUGUAUGGACAGCGUAUAAUCGGCCGCAAGAAGAGCACCCAGCAAGGAAGGAGUACAUUAAGGGUUUCACUGAGAACGUUGGGGUGCCACUAAAAGCUCAUUGAGCUUCUGAGUAAUCUCGAUUAUGUUAUGGUAUCUCUCUAUAUAUGCUAAACUUUGUCAAACCUUGUGAAUUUGAACAUUGAAAUGAUAUAUCGAACCCAAUUUAAUACAAUAAAAAUGUAAUA